CCGAAACAGAUUGACCCAUCUUGCUCCAUGGGGCAGCCUCAAAGACCCACCCACACCGUCUGUACAAUCUCUUACGAACCCGAAAGCAAUCAUCUUGACCGAAGACGAACAUCUCUGAGAAAAUUUCUGCAACAAACAGGAGCGUUCCGAUCACUGCCGCAUUCUAUUACUUUGCCCUCGUGAUGUCGGUUCCGCGAUUAUGUUGUCUUCUGAUCAGGAUACGAGCAGUCUUUAACACGCUCCUGAUGUUUCCAACCACGAUGUCGCCUCGCUGCUCAAACGUCCUGCGUGUUCCAGGUCCUCGGUCACGAAUUGAGGAAGAUGUGGUGCCACACACAUGGUUAUCAGACAGGUGGUCCCACUUGCAGGUCGUACACACUCUCCAUGGGAUCAAAGCAUUGCCUGCAGCAUCUAGCUAUCUCGGCAGGAGAAUGCCGCAAGAGAUACGGCAGAGCAAAGGCUUCGGCCGAAGACCUCGGCAAGUAAAACGAUCCAACAGCGUAUUGCUCUGGUCUCAGCGACAUACUCUGACCUCGUCGCAAUCUUCAUCGACGGUGUUCCUGGACUAUUGCACAAAACGACAUCUCGUCUUCAUUCAUUGCGGUCUCGCACCUUCGAGAUACUCAAGUUGCAUCGGACUAUCUCAACAAGUCCAUCGCUAUCUUCUUGAGAGACUAUGUCCUGUACGGCCAACAUCCUCGAUUUGAUGUCAGCUCUCCGUGACUACAAAACCAACCCUUGCUCAGCUGGGAAUCCCACGAUCCUCUACUAUUCAGCAACCCACACUUGAAAUUUCAAGACAGGGCUUCACAAUCAUGCUGGUAUUUGAGUCACCGAUACAGUAGUCUAAGACUCAUAUCAGAUCAUCCCAAAAACUGCAACCUGCUGCUAAUCAAAACUAACUCAAGCCAGCUCUCCUUUCGCGACUUAACGCAGUGCACCUGAUC